AUGAGUUUAGGAAACAAGAGAAAGCUGGAUACAGUUAAUACCGACGGACAAAAAGAUACUCCAGUUUAUAAUUUUAAUAAUAAUCAAAAGCAGACAUGCGACUCUAGCCUUCUAGGUAGCACUGAAAAGCGGCGGAAGACGUCAAUAAAUUCAUAUUCGCCUUUUGAGAAUGUUACGAAAUUACGGAAGAUAUCCCAGAUUGCAAAUUUACUGCGAGAUCUUGAGGAUAUUUUAGAUGAAAACUCUCGAGAAACAACUACCGAUAUUUUGGGAGAAGAUUCUGUAUUCCAAUGUUCACAGCUUCGUUCUAGUUUGCUCAAAAAACAGCUAAUAACAGACGAUGAAUCUAAUACCAAUUUUAAUCGUCAACUCCUACUGAAUGAAGAUUCUAAACUUCCCAAAAUAAUAUCACCUCUCUCAAUUAGUCCCUGGAAAUCAACAGGCUUACUUAAAAAUUUUCCUCUAUUGCCUGAAAUUAUGGAUCCUACGUUAGAAGCCGCGGCGUUCAUACACUGCAGUGCCGGAGCUGGACACAAAGGUGCAUUAAAUUACGAGCAGCUAGAGUUGAUUGGAGAUGCCUAUAUGGAGUUAAUUGCCACCUUGCUUAUAUCACAGACUUUCCCAAAUUUAAGUCCUGGAAAGCAAUCUCAAAUUCGGGAAAUGCUUAUAAAAAAUAUUACUCUAGCUAACUAUUCACUGCACUAUAAUUUUGACAAGCGAUUAAAAAUGGAUUGGGCACUACUUCAUUCUACUCCACUCACCAAAGUUAAGGUAUUGGGUGAUGUUUUUGAAGCAUAUGUUGCUGCUAUUAUUCUUUCUGAUCCAGUCCAUGGGCUUUUAAAAGCCUGCGAUUGGCUCAAAGAUCUUUGGGGCGUUACUAUUGCGGAUACCAUACUAGAGGAAGAAAAAUCUGAAAAAAUUAUAUCCAGUCCACUUUGGCAAUUGCGCGGAAACCUAACAUCAGAAAAGGUUGCCGAAGCUUUUAAUAAUCGUCCUAUACAAUUGAACGCAAAAGAGAAGCUACAAAAACUUAUAGGACACAGAAAUGCGAAGCUUAUUUACAAGGAAUUAAUGCCUCCAAGUAAGGAUCCAGCAACCAAAUUAGCUUUAUUUACAAUGGGUGUUUAUUUAAAUGGUUGGGGGGAGAACAACAAACUCCUAGGAAGUGGGAAAGCGAAUGGAAAGAAAGAAGCUGGUGUUAAAGCGGCUGCUAUGGCGCUAGAAGAUGAAAAUUUAAUUAAGAUAUAUGCCGACAAAAAAACUGCGUUGAGGGAACUUGAAGAUAGUGGUAAUUAG